AUGAGUUCUCCCUCACUUGUUGAUGACGAAAUCCAAAACCUGAAAAACAAGGUGAUAAUGCUCGAACAGGAGAAGCUAGAGUUGGCAAGGAGAUUACAGCAAAAGGAAAUCAAGCUUUUGGAAAAGGAGUGCUGUAACGAUGCAGCGAGUGAUUCGGAUGACUUAUAUCUUAGUGACGAAUAUGACAGUGAUGUUGAUGAAGAAUAUGUAGAGAUGCAAGCCGAAAUGGAGGUGGAAAAUUUGCGCCAUCUAUUUCAAGUUGCCAAGAGAGACGCGGAAGAACAAAAGAGACAAUACGAAGAACAAAUCAAUGAAAACAGUUUGGUACUCAAAGACUUGUAUCAGCAAAUCAAGGGUUUACGAAUCCUUGAAGAGCAGGAGGAGGAGAUUAAAAAGGAAAAUAAAACAUUGAAAUCGACUAUUCAGAGGCUGCUAACACAACAUCAGCAAGAAGUAGUCCUACUCAAUCACAGAAUUAACGAUACAACAGAUACAUCUAAGAAAGUCCAGUCCUUAGAGCGAAGUGUCAUGACACUUUCGAAGGAAAGAGACGCGCUGAAAGCAAAAGUAACCAAACUGGAGAGCGACGAUGGAGGUCGAAAGAUGAGCGGCUCUUCUGAAGCGUACGAACUCGUACAGCUGCGGAAGACCAACGAAAUGCUUCUGGGAGAGAUUAAUACUCUGCAUGAUACACUCAAUGAAGAAACCGGCGCAAACAGAGCAGAAGUCGCAUUAGUCGAAUGUUUCGAGAUCAUAAAUGACUGCAUAGAAGGAAAAUGGGUCAAUCACGUUUGUCCGUUGUGUAACCGGACGAUUCCUGGGAAGAACUGUGACCUUUGCACUGCUUUUCAGAGAAUAAUCCUGCUAAAAGAGGAAAAGUCUAAAGCGGAAAAAGGACAUGAGGAAGAGGAGAUUCAAGAUGGGAACGUUCCGGUUUUAAUGCUCAUUGUGGUAGUAGUCGUCAUUCUAAUAAUUAUUGCUUGUUGGUUCCUAAGUUUCUUUUCUUGUUCGAAAAACAAUUUUGCAGUGCACCUUUUUUGA